UGCAGCCAUGCACAGAACCAAAGGCAUUUUUCUAACCUCCACACACUGGCAGCACACAGGCACCAUCACCACCACCUCUGCGCGCUCCCGCCACCAGCAGCGUGCACGCGCAGCCUCCCAGCGCUCCUCUCUCACUGCGAAACUUGGGAGUUGGACGAGCAGCAACUAGUACGAGUGAGCGCCGCCCGAAACGAGCCUCUUCUCACCGAGAAAAAGUCGAUACACGGACAAAGAAAGAAGAGAAAAGAAAGAAACUAUGGAUGCAAAGAGAGUGGAGACCAUCUCUGCCCGGGUGGACGCCGCUGUCUCGUCACCUGGGCAGCCUGCGUUCUCCCAUUCCUCCUCCUCCUCCUCCUCCUCCUCCUCCUCCUCCUCCUCCUCCUCCUCCUCCUCCUCCUCCUCCUCCUCCUCCUCCUCCCACCCCCCUUCACACUCUGUUGAUCAGCUCAGGAAAGGAAAAGUGCUUGCGUGAAACCUGAGGAUCACUUGCAGACCGAGGAAGCAGAGAGAGCGUGCACAUCGCACUGUAGCCCACAAGAGAAGUUCCAACCAUGUGUUCACCAACCAAGAGGAACCAGUGGAGGGAGGACCUGCAGCAUUUCCGUAAAGACCACGUCUUCUCCAAGAAAGUGCUUCUCAACUGCUGCCUGGUGCGGCGCAUCAUCACCUGGGCCUCCCCAAACCCAAAAGAUAGCGUUGAAGAUGAGCUUGAACUAUCUGCCGUCCGCCAUCGCCCAGAGGGCCUGGAACAGCUCGAAGCCCAGACCCGUUUCUCCCGCAAGGAGCUUCAGAUCCUUUACCGCGGCUUCAAGAAUGAAUGCCCCAGCGGAGUCGUCAAUGAGGAAACUUUUAAAGACAUCUACUCACAGUUCUUCCCACAAGGAGAUGCUUCGACAUAUGCACACUUCCUGUUCAAUGCAUUCGACACAGAUCACAAUGGCUCAGUGAGUUUUGAGGAUUUUGUGAUGGGCCUCUCAAUCCUCCUGCGAGGCACAAUCCAGGAGAAACUUAACUGGGCUUUCAACCUGUAUGACAUCAAUAAAGAUGGAUAUAUCACUAAAGAGGAAAUGCUGGACAUCAUGAAGGCCAUCUAUGACAUGAUGGGAAAAUGCACAUACCCUGUCCUCAAAGAGGAGACGCCUCGUCAGCAUGUAGAAGUAUUCUUUCAGAAGAUGGAUAAAAAUAAAGACGGGGUGGUGACCAUAGACGAGUUCAUCGACUGCUGCCAAAAUGAUGAAAACAUCAUGCGAUCAAUGCACCUCUUUGAAAAUGUUCUUUAACUCUUGGCUGACGGUGGAGCCUUUGGAAGAGAACACCAUCUUUUAGCUUGGCCCGAUAACUGACUUGGACUCAUACUGUGUACAGUGUGCUAUGCAGACUUUUGACCAUAGAUAAGAUAUUGUUCAUUCCUGUGGGGCCACAAGUAGGAGUAGGCAAAAAAAACAAAAAAAAAAACCGGUGCGAACACUCUGGAUUGAGCUGCCUCGUGAGCAUUUCAUUGAAUUGGUAGAAUAAACAUCUUCGCUUCAAGGUUGAGUUCCGACUCCCGUCUCUGGAGCGUCUUUCUCUUCACAGCAAGCUGCGAUAGCCUUCGACUUUCUAAACACACGCGAGACACAUUUCUGAUAAAGUGGUUCAGACCGGCUCCUGGUAUCUCUGUUGCAGCCUUGAUUUAUUUACUGCCAAGUGAAAUCACUGUGACUUUUUACAGCUUGAAAAAAAAAAAAGAAGCAGAAUAAAAUAUCUGACGUCUGUUUUUUGACAUUCCAGACCGGCUCUCAACUCCAGAGUGUUCUCACCCCGACUUUAGAUAACCAUCGUGGUCCGUCUUCUUUUGCUCUUUGAGGGAUACGUGUCGAGGAAAAAGAUUACCAACACAUCCAUUGUACCAUUUUGAACUGUACAUACUAUAGAUAAAAAGCAUUAGAUAAGAACUCUAUGAGGAACUUUUCAACUUUGUUCAUGUUUACUUGCCAACUAGAACGAGACAACACAAGGAUUGUAUUGAUGUCAAAAACCGGACCAUAAUAUCAAUGGUUUGUCUACAGAAGCACACAGGUAGCUGUAUUUACCAUGCGUAUAACAUUAGAUAAGUUUGUCACAGGAUAAAUGCUGCUUUAAGUGUAUUUCAGUUAAACCCUAUGUAUGGAUAUUCCCUGUAAAGUAAACCAUCCAUGUUUUUAUUCUGUUUCUGAAGCGCUGUUGGGGAGUUGACAGUGAGAGCAGUGCUUGAGGUUAUUUAUAUGGUAUUAUGGUCGUUGUACAAAAAAACAAGUUGUCAGUUGUACAGUAUUAAAUUAAAUUUUUGCUUUCGGGUGAAUCGCAGGUCUUUAGAUUUGUAAUUCAUAAUUCAGACACUGUCACUUUGUAUAAUACUCGUCCUCUGUGGGUCUUCUGCUAACACGCCCCCUGCUGUUUUCCUCCUCCUCCUCUUCCUCCUCGUCCUCCUGUGGGCUGAUGUCCGGUUGCCCACACCUUUUUCCGCCUGAUUGGUUCCUGCUGCCUGUGAUUAAAGCAUCGCUUGGCCCCAAAAUGUGAGGAAAGUGCAAGGCAUGCUGGGUUAGAAAAAAGUCUGGCUCACUGACUUCCUCUUGCUAAAACUACUGGAUCACUGAGAGAAGUUUCUGGAUGUUCUGUGAGUAAUUUAAAAGUGUUACAAUCUGAUUUUUUUCCUCUUUUCCAACAUCAACUUGGAUACGAUGGAUAGGAAGUUGAGAAAUGGUUUAAAUUUUGGUGAAUAUUUUUCAGCAUUUGGCAGUUUUAUUAUUAGAUGUCACUACACUGUAUUACAGUUAAAAACAUAAAGAUCUCCUCGGUGUGAUCAUCCGUUCAUUUAGUGAAGAACACAGCACAUUUUUCUCAGUUGAAUUCUCGUGUAAUUAGAGGCCAUGUGUAUAUUUCUAUCAAGAAAAGCAUCAAAUCUGCCAUUUUUUCCUCCUCACUUUGUGUUUGUGUGCCUUAUUGUUUGUAAAAUGUUUUGUUGACAGCUCAGUUUUUAUUCUCAGAAACAUCAUUUUUGCAACAUUAACCCACAAUAUUACCCCAGUGGAUGUAUAAAGUGACUUUCUGAAAAACAACAAAGCAUUUCUACAUUUCUUCUGUAAAUAAAACUUAAAGCUCGAAAGUCAGCAUCCUCUGACAAAAGUGAAAAAAUAAACUAUACACCUCAAACUUCC